CUGUAGUGAUCAGUUUACGGAAAACGGGGAAGAAAAUAAUAAAUAAAUCCUUGGAAAAUAUGAGCGGUUCUUAUUUAACGAAAGAACAACGAGAUGGAUUUCAAAAAUACAAAUACGCAUCUAGAGAUACGAGCCCAUUGGCAGUAUAUUUGAUGCAUCCUUUUUGGAACAGAGCUGUGAAGGUAUUUCCAAUGUGGCUUGCCCCCAAUGUCAUGACCUUCGUAGGAUGGGUGCUCACUGUGGCAAUCUUCCUUGUACUGACGUUUUAUGAUCCAUUCUUGGUUGCGGCAGGUUCAGAUGAUAAGUCACAUGAGAAAUAUAACAUACCACAGUGGAUAUGGAUUUUUAUAGCUAUAGCACACUUUGUUGCUCAUACACUAGAUGGCUGUGAUGGUAAACAAGCUCGAAGGACAAACAGCAGUUCACCUUUGGGAGAGUUGUUUGAUCAUGGAAUAGACAGUAUGGCAAUAUGGUUGAUAACUGUUUGCGCUUACUCCUUAUUUGGUCAGGGUCCAAUGUCACUCACAGUAUGGGAUUAUCAUUGGAUAAUGAUUGUCGUUCUAUUGGGUUUUUAUAUGGCUCACUGGGAGAAGUAUAUAACUGGAGUGUUAUUUCUUCCAUGGGCUUAUGAUUUUAGUCAAUUGAUACUACUUGGAAUCUAUUUGUUCGUGUAUAUAUUUGGUCUAGAGUUUUUGAAAUUUCCUCUUUAUAAAGAUAUCCGUCUAACACAUUUUUUUAAAUGGACGACGCAUUUAUGUUUUUUCUGUAUCUUUUUCCCUUUAUCCUUACGCAACAUAUACAAAUCUAAAGUAGAGAAGACUGAUCGUGGGUUAUCAUUGGUCGAAGCUUUGAAGCCUGGUGUACCGUUAUUUAGCUGUUUUGCAUUAUUCACAAUCUGGGCUUAUUACUCAUCAAGUAAUAUCCUACAGAUCAACCCUAGAUUAUUUUUCACGUCGUUUGGUAUAGUUUUUUCAAAUAUUACGUGCAGUCUAAUUGUGAACACGAUGAGUCAUCAAAAAUGUAAAGUAUUCAACAAAAUGUUCAUUCCUCUAAUAAUUAUCGAUGUUGCACUACUGGUGUUUCGUUUCAACGAAGUGUACGUCCUAGCUGUUUAUACGUUCGUCAUUGGUUGUAUUCAUGUGGAUUACGGUAUUGGUGUGGUUAACGAAAUGUGUGAUAUGUUGAAAAUACGUUGUUUUUCGCUGGCGCCUUUAAAUUAGAUUAAAAUAAACACACAGUGUUCCAAAUAGACCAGUUUAUCCUCUGCUAUAUCCACAAGUCCCUUUGUCACAUAAAAUGUUUGAUAAGUAUGAACAGUUUGAACGUCACUACACACGACAAUACCCAGUUUUUUGUGUGAAAAAUAAUCCAUUUGUUCACUUGGCAUUCCAAAAAACGUAUUUGUCAAAGCACGACAGUAAAAAUUAUGCACUUGCCAACUUUUUACGGAUUAGCUGUCGUAUUUGAUCAAUCGAAUAACAAGCCUUUCAAAACAAAACGAUCUUCGGGACUUUAAAAUAAAGUUUUGAAACUGACAGUGAAAUCAAUGUUCGAGCACAAUUUGAACAUCUUUUAAAGUUAAAUAGUGAUUUUUCUUUACUCUGUAAUAAUGUCCACUUGCAUCAAACACUUUUCACGAGAAAAGGAUUUGUGAAAAUGUCAACUAAAUUAUUCAUUUAGCUGUUGUAUUGUUCACCAAAGCACCAAUCAAAAUAAUUGUUUACAGAACCGUUUUUCUCAUUUUUAACUGGAUUUUAGUUGUCGUUUUUUGUCUGAAGCACUUCACAAUAAAUAAAUUUAUUGCUCAUAAGAGGAUAAUGAAUUAUUGCAUUUUAUAUAUGAGCCCUGUAUUGUACAUCAACAACCACCAACGACCUCCUACUACGUGUACCCUGUAUUGUACAUCAACUACCAACGACAUCCUACUACGUGAAGUGUGUUAAUUCCGUGUAGCUACUGCAAAUACGUGAAAUUGAUCCCCAAUCCUAGCUUAUAAUCUCAUAGUACUUGGCUGGAGGCGACAUACUGGUUAAAGAUUGGUUCAGGGAUCAAUUUUGCGUCUUGUGGAAUACAGAUUUAUAAUCAGAAAAUUCUGAGUAACAAAGUCAUCGCGCUCUUUUAACUACGCAUGCGUAGUAGCAGUCAUAAUAUGGUUAUAAAUUAUGCAAAUUUUCUUUAAAUUCCAAUCGAUUUCAAACAUCGACUCUUUGUGACCUGCUCGCGAGAAGAUAUUUAUACCGAAUUUAAUUGUGAAUAAUUGGUAAAACAAUUGAUGUAAUAUUUUUCCAAAAUUAAAUGUUUUACCACCAAUGUA